AUGUCAGGAGGUCCAGUUCCAGUUUGGAAGAAAUAUACUACCAGACCACAGGGUAUUUGGGAAAAAAUAAGACAGCUUUUGGUUUUGGUGCCAAAUAGAUCAUCUGGUAAUCCUUUAGUAUCAUUGUUUAGACAAAUUCCACCUGGUGAAAGAAUCAAAGAAGCACAGAAUUAUAAGGACCCUGUUACCAUACCAGCAGGUGAUAUUAAAGGGAAUCCAUAUUUCAAGAGGGAUUAUAGAAGAAAUUACCCACAAGUUCACACAUUUAACCAAACCAAAAUCUCUGGUUUGUUGAAUUUGGGUUCUGAAUCAAACCCAAGAAUUUCCAUUGGCGAGAAGGGAAGCAAAGAAUUGGCUGUGUUUACAAAUGGACAGGACGUUAGUUUGGCAUCCACUUUGAAAUCUGUGCCUGCAUCUGUGGUGAAGGGAGAAAUUUUGGGUAGGUCAGGAGAACCAAUUGUUGCGCCAUCAUUAAACAAAUUUAAAUGGGAAAUUUUACCUGAACCUGUUCAUGGUAUGUAUUCUGAGGCUUACCCAUGCCGUAUAUUCACAGAGAAGAAAGCACGUCAACAAUCUUCUGCUUAA